AUGGACCCUUUUGAAGGAAGCCAGCCACAGCCGCCGCAGAGCAACGGGGAGAAUGCUGUUUUGGGCAAUGAGCAGCAUUCGCCCCAUCAGCCACAACACGAUGUCAAUUCAUUUUUUGAGGCUUCGUCAGGAACAACAAUGGCAACAACAACAACAACGGGAGGUGCAGCCGCUGCUAGCGCACCGGGCUUGGCACAGCCGGCCUAUUUUCCGCCUGCAGAUCUGCGUGUUGUUAACAGUGACGAUUUUGGGUCUGAUGGAAAGGAAUCUGGGGUGCCUUCCUUUGGACCAAAGAAGAACGGACAUGCUGUGACAGAGGCCGUUCAGAAGGAAAUCGAGAGGAGAACAGCAAAUAUAGAUGCGGAAUCUAAAAAAAAGGAGGCACAGUUGAAGGCUGCCGCAGAGUCCUACAUGAAGGGAAUAAUUGCCCAACACGAGGAGAGGCUCAAGGAGAAGAAGGCAGAACAGAUGCGACUGCAGAAAGCGAAUGAAGCAAAACGCAAUGAAUAUAUAAAAAGUGGUGCUGUUUGGAGUGGCGUAGAAUUAAUGACAGAUCUCAACACGGCAAAUAAUUACUCUAAGAGCACGGAUCGAAUGCGAAAUAUUCUGAAGAAACUGUGUGGCGCCAAAGAGGGCGAAACCGCUCAAUAA